CGCAGCCAUCAUGGCGGACGUGAUGAACGUCGGGGUGAACCUGGACGCCUUCUCUCACGCCAUCAGCGGGAUCCAGGCGCUGCGCUCCAGCGUGAGCCGCGUGUUCGAGUCCCUGAAGGACGGCAUGAAGAACCGGGACACGCUGGAGGGCCGCGAGAAGCAGUUCAUCUCCGAGUUCCAGGACAACCUGCACGCGGUCAACCGGGACCUGAAUGAGCUGGAGCGUCUCAGCGGUCUGGUUGGACGUCCUUCAGAGUCUCAUCCGCUCCACAACAGCGGCCUGCUGAGUCUGGACCCGGUCCAGGACAAAACCCCCCUGUACUCCCAGCUGCUGCAGGCCUACAAGUGGUCCAACAAGCUGCAGUACCACGCCGGUCUGGCCUCCAGUCUGCUGAACCAGCAGUCACUCAAACGUUCGGCCAAUCAGAUGGGAGCUUCAGCCAAGAGACGCCCCAAAGUCCAGCCCAGCACCCUGGUCCUGCCCCCCCACUACGUGGAUGAUGUCAUCUCUCGUAUCGGUCGGAUGUUUCCUGAUAUGAGCAUCGAGCUGUUCAGACCCAACGGGACGUCAGCAGUGCUGCUGGUGACCCUUGGGAAGGUGCUCAAGGCCAUCGUGGUGAUGCGUUCGCUGUUCAUUGACAGAACCGUCGUCCGGGGCUACAGUGAGAACGUCUACAGCGAGGACGGAAAGCUGGACAUCUGGACCAAGUCCCAGUACCAGGUGUUCCAGAAGGUUACAGACCACGCCACCACUGCCCUGCUCCACUACCAGCUGCCGCAGAUGCCGGACGUGGUGGUGCGCUCCUUCAUGACGUGGCUGCGGAGCUACAUCAAGCUGUUCCAGUCGUCCUGCCAGCGCUGCGGCCGCUACCUGCAGGACGGCCUCCCCCCCACCUGGAGGGACUUCAGGACCCUGGAGGCCUUCCACGACACCUGCCGCAUGUGACCCCGCCCCCUCCGGAGACCCCGCCCCCUCCGGAGACCCCGCCCCCAGCAGUCUGUUUGCUUCUGUAAAUAAAGCUUUUUAUAUGA